GUCGAAACCCGGUCGAACGAAACGAUGAAGGCCGCGAUUCCGCCGGCACCAUCAACGUCCACGUGCACAAGAAUGCCGUCCUGGUUCAAAGAUCACCCGCGCAUUGUCCCGUGGGAUGAUGGCUUCCAUCCCACGGGAUCAUCCUCGUCGUCGGACUCUCAUUCGCGAGGUUUUAUGGUGGCCGAUCAACCUCGAGCAUUGCCUGGUGUGUUCCGUGUGACGGAUAAUGCCGUGUCCGAAUCACUUGCCGCGCAGUUGUACGCGUCUGCGGUCGACGUUCGCGUGUGGGGCGUGUACAUCCUCACCACCGAGAUCUUUGACAAGCACCUCAAUGUCUUUCCCGAUUCCAAACAAGAUCAUGCGCGGCAUACCCUCGCACUCCAUGCCAUUCGCGAGUUCCUCGUCGAUUCACAGGCGCUUCCAUCGCAAGACUGGGACAACACCCACGGCGUCGUCGUAUGGGUCAUCACGUCCGACGUAAACGACGUUGUUGCGUAUCAUAUAGACUACGCUGAAAUGUUCCGAUACCAAACGAAUGUGACGUAUCCACCACUGUACAGCGGGACGCUGCAUGUCAGCCCUCUUCCCGAAGAUGCUAUCCAUGGCGGCGCCUUCUACGCCCACACCGACGGACUCUCGCAUUAUAAAGUCCACGGGUACAAAGAGUCGCGGCGACCCGUCACGGUGCACGACCAUGUCGUUCCGUACUGCCAUCGCCGAGGCAUCCUUAUCGACGGGAACCUUCCCCACGGAAGCACUCCCGUGACGUUUUUGCCCUCUGGUGUGCGUCGAGUCGUCGUUGGACUCAACAUGUUCAACCAUGAGAUUGGUCCGUACGCUCAGAUGUACCCCGAGCACAGCCAGCAGUUCAACAAGUAUGUCAAGGUCGCGCAGGCGGCAGCGAAAUGCGACACAAAGGCGGCGAUGUCGGUGUCGAACAUUCGACGCAAUCCCAAGCAAGCGGCAUUUCUCGUUUACUUGUUGCGCAAAGCCAAGGAGAAGAACUUGAUCGAGAACAACCAGUUUGUUGGGUUUCAUCGCGACGGCACGCCCGUGCCUAGUUUUGCCGAAAGUACUUGAGACUGACCCAACUCACAUACAUGGCAAUAAACGCGACAGGAAUAGUCAGUGGCACCAGAUAACAGUAAUGUUGAUCGGCUCGAAUCGCGUCCAUCAUGGGGAAUGCACCACCGGGUGUUGGCGGCGGG